AUGGGUUUUGAGGAGCCGGUUCCUAUGAAAGUCCAAACGAAAAAUAUGGACGGGACUGAAGAGCGAAAGUUGAAACCGGCAGUUCGAAAACCUACUGAUGGCAACAAGGAGGAUAUUCCGGAAGAUCAAAAGCUCUCUUAUCCUCGCGUGAAACACACUGACUUCUUUUGGUCGCCCGUUAGAUUCAAAAAGCGGAUGCCACAUAAUCAUGGAACGUUGAUAAACGAAGAUUUCACUUCCAGAUUUCGCAAAGGAGACGUUUUUCCAAACUUCAAGAUAGAAGUAAACAUCUCCAGCGAAAAGAACUGUUACUUCAAUACUAAACAUGAUUUCAUUUUGAAACCAGCAAUAGACUCCUUGAGCCAUCUUCGCGAGUCAAUUGAAGAAGCUUACGACUCUCAUGCCCCAAGCCUAUCGAAAGCUGAGCGAUGCAUCAACGAAAACUUAGGCCUUUACGAUGACAACAGCUUGUUCGAAGAGCCUUCCGUUCCACUGGACCCACCGGACCCAAAUCAAGGAUUCCUAGAGUGGCUGGAAGCCAGAGGAAUACCCUACCUCAAACCAGAAUACAACGAUGAGGACUCCUCCGUUGAUGAAGAUUCAUCUGAAUGUGAAAAUGCCUACUAUGACUUCGAUGGCCAACGUCACUGGGACCAAGAGAAAACCUUCGUACCGGAAGACACAGACGAUUCCUACAAUCCCUACGACUGGUAG